AUGAACUGGGUAGUAUCGAAACAACUGAUGCUAUGGCUGAUGGCAUUGUUACUGAUGUUGCCGUUUGUUAACGGAACAAUAUUGAAAUGGUUUAAAUCGCUGAUAAAUCAUAGUAACCGUAUGUAUACAAAAAUAAUUUUUGUAAUUGCAAAUUUAAUAUUAUUAUGUGUAUAUCAUUUGCUUGAUUAAGUAAAAAUAAUUAGUCAUUAGAAAAACGCUCUGAUUGAGUAAAAUCAUUUUGUUUUAUUUCUUAUAGGUAUAUUAAAACUUGAAUAUGUUAUGUUUUAUGGCUCUAACAUUUUCCGUGUGUUUUUUUUGUUUUAUCAAAAUAUAAUUAUUUUUUUCAGCGAGAAACUAUAUUUGUUCAGUUCUACAUAUAGUUUUAAGGUAUUUUUUCCCAUUAUAAAUUUCGUUUAUUAAAGAAGUUCCAAUUUUUGAAUGUUGUUCAGGAUGCAGAUUUUCGGUUUAGUGGUACUAUACUUACACAAUUUAUCUAUAUUCCCGUCAGUUUUUUCAAAAAAAGAAAACUUACAACAAAUUACGAUACAUCAUAUUAUACAGGAUAUUUAUCGUAAUACACUCAUCUCGAAAAUUAUUAACUUGUUUCGAAUAUUUUUUUUUAUAGAACAUUUAAGAAACAAGCAGUUCUACAAUUUUAAAUUUAUGCUGUUUUGUUACACUUAUUUUAUUGUGUAAAACCACUAUCUACAAUUGAUUUUUAAAUAGCAAGCUGUACAAAGUGUAACUGGACUAUUUGACAUUUUUACAUGCAACUACAAUGUAAAAAUGUCAAAUAUUUCUGUUACACCUUAUAAAAUAAAAAUGCCAUAAAUAGAUGGAGUAUUGGUUAAAUAAAUUUUGGUGUUGAUAUGUUUGAUUUCCGUCAAUCUAAUGACAAGAUAUGUAAUUUUUAAGUUUGAAUCGAGAUUAGAGGAGCAUAAUUUGUGUGGGAGCAUGGCGCGCGGUGUUUUAAUAAUGCACCACUUCUCUCCCUCGGCCUAAAUUUAAUAGUGACACAUCUCGUCAAUGGAUUGAUAGAAAUCAAACAUUUUAUCACCAACAUUUAUUUAAAUUAAUACUUUAUCUAUUUAUCGAAUUUUUAAGAAAAGUUCUCAUUUGAAAAUCAUAAGUAGAUAGUAAUUUUACUCCUAAAAAUCAGGAAAACAAAAAUUACUAUAAAAUUAAAAAUUUUAGAGCUACUAGUUUCUCAAAUGUUCUAUAAAACAAAUUCCAAAAAAAUGUAAUAGUUUCCGACAUAAUGAGAUAGUGAUAAUGUCUUACUAUAGAUUGAUCACAAUAUAAUAUUCAAGUAUACAUACAUUGGUUUUAUUCUUGUUGAUUUCUGGGUUAUCUUUUGCAUGUAAUAGGGGAAAAAACAUAGUUGACACUAUAGUCUAACCAGUUUAUCGAGUUCCACUUAUAAUCGUUUUUCAAUGGCAAUGAUUUCUCGUUAUUUCCAAUGAUACAUAAACUAAAAUAUUUUAUAUAUCCAGUACCUUCCAAACUUUCCACAUUUAAUAAUAGUCGGCUAUAUUUGGACUUUUUAACUAUUUUACUUAUUUAAGUUAAACAAUUUUAUAAAAACAUUUGUAUAGGGUGUGGUACAUUAAAAAUUUGAAAUUAUCAAAAUAUAAUAUGUCCAUAUUAAAAUUGUUUUAUUGAAUGUAUCUAAAAAUAUCAUAAACAAUUAUUUAACAGUUCAUUAAUUAUUUUUAUUCACUGCAUAAAUUAUGAUUAUGUCAAAGCUGGUGUUUAAAAUGUUUACUUCGUUCUACACUUUAGUCUUUAGUAUCAAAUGCAUGUGGAGUAGCCGAGUAUGUACGUUUUACAAAUUGCCAACGAAUUUCAUCAUUGCUUACAUUUUUAUGAGCGAAAUUAUGCUUAUAUUAAUUAAAACCUAACAUGUCUUUAUCCCGCUUACUUUUUAUAAACAUAACUAUAAUUGAAUAUUGAUUUAAAAAAAAAAAACUAUAAAAGUUUCACAACUCGAAAGUCGAUUCUACUAGGUACUAGCAAUACCUACUUACUACAUACUUACUCCUUAUACGUCUUGUACUUAAAUGUUACAAUUAUGUUAAAACUCCUUAUAUAAUAAUCAUGCCAUUAAUUUGAUAACGAGUAAAAUAGUAAAAUUACUUUAAUAUCCGUAAACAUUAUAUGACGACAAGCAAAGUAUAAUAACAAUUAUAUAGAGUUUCGUCUUCUCUUAGUUAUUAAAAACUAUUGCCAACUUAAUUUUAAAAUUACUAAAAUAUCUAUUAGUGAAAUGGUGGUUCCAUUCCAAAUUUUGAUUCCAUGGUAUCUGGUCGCAUUUAUUUACCACCGGUAAUUACGGUAUAGGUAUUUAAUUACCGAAAUACAGGAGAUCAUAAGCGUGACCAACGCAUAAUAUAAUUAUUGUUAUUUCUUAUAUUAUACAUUUGGUAUUACAGGGUGAUUAAUUUUCCGCAAGACACUCAUAUGUCAUAGGAUUUAAACGGGAUUUGUACAAAAAAUGGAAUUGGUUUGUUUUUAACCAUUUUAGUAUGAAACAAAAAAAAAAGCUGGGAAGAUAGUAGAAGGGAAAUAUAAUGUAUAUCUGUAAGCAACUAUAAACCAAUGAAAAAUCGAUUCUAAGAGAAGUUCAGUUUAUAGUGUUGCUUUUUCAACAAUAUUAUGUAUAUCAUAUUAUGAUAAAAUAAUUACUUAGAUAUAUGUUUUCUUUAAUAAUAUUUAUUUUAUAUUAUAUCUAUUUUCCCUUGUUUUUUCUAUUUAUUGGGAAACCUCUUGGGAAAAUCAAGAAAAGGUGAAACCUGAUUAUGAACACGAUUAUGAACAAAUGUCACUCAUCAAGGAUUUUUUUUUUAACCAAAAAGCAAACGAUUGCAAAGCAAAUAUGUUAUUGAUGAUAAACCAAUUGUAUAUUAUAGUUUAACAUAUUUUUAAAUUCUGAUGGCUAUAGUCUGUACAAGUUCAUGACUUACUCCAAUCGUAAGAAUCAAAUGAGCUAUCUUGAACAAUUUAGGAUCUAAUUAGUGUAAUUAUCCGAAAUUUCUUGUACUUCUAUUUAUAUUGGGGAAAAAAAAACAAACGUCGAGAAAAUUGCAGUAUACUUAUAUAUAUUUUAGAUAUACGAAUGCGCGCCCAUUGAGAGGGACAAGGAGGGGGCAUUUCCCCUCCUAGUUUUUCCGUGUCUGUUAUACAUUAAUACAUAAAAUAUUAUAAUUUAUAUUAAAUAGUUAAAUACAUUGAAUAAAUGAAAAAUUGAUGAUCAUAAAAUAUAUUGUAUGUUAGAAUUAUUUUCACUAAUGUUUUUUCAUAAGUUGUUGACGACAUAAUUGAAAAAUCAAAGUAGCAUAGGCGAUUAGGAAAUAUUAUUGAAAAAUAUAGUGUAUGUGUGUGUGUGUGUCCCUGUAUUUUCGAAGAUGGACGCUCUUGAAUAUACGUAACACCACAGUUUUUGUCAAAAUGAAUUUUGUUUAUUAUAAUUCAGUAAGAAAUUUUAAAAUUUACAGAGAUCAUCAAUUUUAGCAUUUCUCGAUGUGAUAUAAUUUUUUGAAACAACAUACUAUAUUGGCUUUUUUUGAAUUAUUUAUUCAAAGUGACCCAUUUUAGUGCAUAUUACACUGUUUAUCUCGGAAAGUAUAAACUUUUUAAAUAUUUUUUAUUGAAAAUUUAAGGAAAAAGCAGCUCUGAAAUGUUGCAUUAACAUUAUUUUUGUCACUAUUAUUUUUUUUAGGUAAAACGACUGCCCAAUUUUAAUUUUCAAAUGGUAACCUCUAACCAAUAGUACAAAUUUCAUAAAUAUAUGGGGUAUAAGUUUAUAAAUAACUUUUGAUGUUAGAGUGGUUGAUUUCUGUCAACCCGUUGAUGAGAUAUUUCACUUUUAAGUUAGAGUAGGGGGAAAAUAAUAGUGCUGAUUGAAUAAUUCAAAUUCUCCUCCUCCAAAAAGAAGGGUGACAACAAAUUGAUGUAAAAUUUUAGAGCUGCUUGUUUCUUAAAUUUUCAAAAAAAAAAAAAAGUAAUUAAAAAGCUAUUAAUUUCCGAGAUUAUAAGUAUAUUUACUUAAAUUAAUUACCUUGUAUAGCUGCCGCUAUUUAUAUUCUGAACGCAUCCAGGAAUAGACUGGCUGCGCUCAGAGUUUAAAAAGUGGAAAAUACACACAUUAUAAUAAAGCCUUAUUAUAAUGUGUGUAUUUUUCUUAUCUUAAAAAAACUUUUCUACCUGAAAUUUUGCUCAAAUUUUAAAUUUUAGCAUCUUUUCUGAAAUUAAAUUAUACCUGGUACAUUUUUAUAGUAAUUUAUUUAAUAACUAUAAAAAACCGAGGAAAAAAGGGAAAGUUUAAGGCGAUCACAACGAUUUAAUUAUUUUCGAUUUGUAUGGUAAUUCGGUUAAAAAUAAUCGUAGAAACCUAGCAUUUCCUCUGAAUACUUAUACUAGUCUUUUCUAGACGUGGUAAAAUUUUGGUGAUUUUUUAUCAAUUUAUAGGAAUUUUCCAUUUUAAUUGUUAGAUAUCAUGGCAUUUCAAAACAUGUUUAACCCCACCUUACUCAGAAUCGUAAUUCAUUAGCAAUAAUUUAUUUUUGCAUACAUAUAUGAAUAAUAUAACUAUACGGAUCCUUUAUCAACCCAAAUUUCUACCUGUAUUUGAAUUUAGGUUUUUUUAAUAACGAAAGGAGAACUAAUUGAAAAUAUUUAGGAUACGUAAAUAUAUGUGGUUAUUUGUUGUAUUAUUACAGCGUAAAUAAUAUUAGCAACAAAUUUUUAGAAAAAAAAAAACCUGUCCAAUUAAAUGAACUUUCAUCACCUAUCCGGUAACGGCAAACGGUAACCAGCUAAUUGUAAGAUUAUAGCUAGUAGUUUAUUUUAUUUUACUUCUAGUAAAACGGAUUUCGUGUAGAUUUAUUCGAUUAUAUUCGUUAACGAGAACAUUAUAGUUACCUACCUACAUCGAGGUUUUAAUUUGUUUUACGUGUUUACGAGUGACUGUACUGAACCAGUUAAGUAGUUUUAUACUAUAAUUUAUAUUAUACAGAUUAAAAACCAAAGGAAAAUAGUAUGCAACACAAAUAAAAUGAUUUUCUUAGUAGGAAAAUUAUAUGAUAUUAAUUUAUAUUAAUCUGAUUAUUAUUUAUUAAACAACUAAGUUUUUAAUGAUUUUGUUUGUAAUAUUAUGUAAAAACGAUUUAAAUAACAAGGCUGAAUAUUCCUUUCUUUGAUUUGUUAUAUUGCAAUAUUUUACCAAUUUCACCAUGGUAAUUUAAAAAUACGUAUGCCAUGAAAUUAUUUAAUUUAGGUUUUAUAGUAUUAUUCAAAAAAAGAGUUAAUACUUCUGACUUUUGACAACUAAGUACCUACAAUUUAUAAUAAACCUCUUGUUAAACUUGUUUAAAUUUCUGUAAGGUUAAACAAUUGUAUAUGCGUAGUACUAUUGAUUAUAUUAUAUAGUAAAGAUACGGUACAGAAUAGAAAAAUGUGUUACGUUUCCAAUGGAUAAGAUUGUUACAUGGCGUUUAUAAAGGCAAAGUAGUAUUGAAUACCCACACCGUUAAUGCUAAAUUUUUUUCAUAUAAGUUUUUACUAUUCAAAUAAUCAAACGAUUCAAACGUAUCAUUAAUAUAUAAUUGACUGCCUCUAAGUAAAUCAUACGUUUUUUGAUUUUGGGUACCCUAUUCACAAGCUAUAACUAUUGGUAAUUAAUCUAUAUCUGUGAGUUUAUAUUGGCACAAUCUUUUAUAAUUUUAACAAAAUCAAUAUCUUUUACACCAUGCCCCGUUAAAAAAUAAUAAAAUGGACAUUUCCAGUUAUAAUAAAGACCAAAUAUCAUAAUUACUAAUGCAUGAUUAGAUAUAAUAAAAGAACAGCUAUAGAGUCCUAAAUCUUAGAAACCUACUAAUUCAAGCGUUUUAUUAUGUUCCAAACCUUUCAUUAAAGUGACUUCAUCUAACAAAAUAGUAUAUUUUAGAUUUUAAGUGGAGCAAGGAAUAUAUUGGUUUUACAAUAAUGUUUAUUUUUAUUUUUUCUGUGGACUUUUCUUCCAGCAAUUUUGCUUCAAUUUGCAAUGAUAUCACUUUUUCUGAAAGGAAAUCGAAAUGAAGAGGUACUGUAGGCCAUUUUUUGAUUUUCCAUUCUGAAUUGUAAAAAUCGGGAAAAACCAAGGAAACGAGAAAAUAGGUACAAUAUUAAAAAAAGAUGGACAUACAUCGCACGUGAGUGGGUCACUGUUGUAGGUCAGAAUUUGAAAAGGUAGAAAGAAAAUUUAAUGUACAUCUGUAUGUAACCAUGCAAACGAAAAACGAUUCUGAAUGAAGUUCGUUUAAUAGUGUUUGAUUUUUCAACAAUAUAUAUGUCACUUUAAAGUAAAAUAAUAAAAAAAUAUGCAUUAUAUAUUGUAUUUAAUAAUAUUUGUUUAAUAUUAGUUUUAUGAAAAUUACUUAGAAUGACUUACUUCGUGAGCAACUAAAUCCAAAAUGAAACAAAAAUGUAUAUUCCAUUUUUUCUAUAAUUUUGUGUCUGGUUUUUUCCAAUUAUUUUGUAAAUCUACUGAAAAACCAAAAAUGACCUCACCAGUGCUCCAACUUUUUAAAAUUUCUUUUUAAAAAAAGUGAUACAUUUGAUAUAUCAAAAAAAGAUUUCUGUUCGAAAAGUUGUUCAGACCCCCCAAAAAAAUAAAAAUAAAAAUAAUCAAUAGAUCUCUUGAUCCGCUUCGAAUCUGAAAGGUAAUACUUUGAGUAUACAGUAGCUAUACCUAUACGUAGUAUAAAUUUAUAAUACCUAGUGUCUAGAUCCGUUUCAAUUUUAGAAUAGGUAUAUACAUUAUGUAUAUUGUUUUUCAUAUUUAUAUUGCAUCCAUUGAUAGAAUUGUACAUUUCAUAAAUGGAAACCAUUUAUUAAGUGAAAUACUUAAAAAUGCCAUGAAGUAAAUAUCUUAUUAAUAUUCAUUAAAAUAUCAGUAAUACAAUAUUGUAUGCGUUUUGUUUUGUCAGCAACUAAAUAUUUUUAUGAGCCAGAAUUCUUUUAUUAUUCUUUAAGUUUCGGUCCAUUUCCAUCUCCGUAUAAUAUGUGAAUUUAAACAAAAUGUACAUUUAGAAGUUAUUUAAGUGUAUUGUAUACAACAAUAUACUAUCAUAUGAUUGUACAUGAAUUAUAUUUCAAUUGGACUUAAUAUGUUCGUCUGAAACUAGUCUCAAAAUACAAAGGAAAUGGAUAAACAAUUAAAAAUGGGCAUUUAAGCAAGAGGAUAUCGAUUAUUCAUUUAUUUUAUUAUCGAAUUUCAAUUCUGUUUUUAAGUUAAAAGCAAUGUACAAAUACCAUAACUACGUAUAUAAAUAAUAUCGGUUACAGUUACGGUGCACACUAUACGGUUACAACUAAUGCGUUUUUGUAAUAUGUCUAGUUUACAACCAGAUAACAUCGAUUUUUCUCAUUAGACUCGGAAGUCGCUACGACGCGACGACUACGUUGUCGAUUUGUUUUUUUCUUCCCCCCGAAAUAUUCAAAAAUAUAUUACAUUUACCCAUUUACGAUAUUUACGAUUUUUGGUAAGUCUAGACAUACCCAUUACCAUACAUGAUAAGAGUGGUUCGGCGCCACUGUAUAUUUUUGUACACAUGUAUUUUAAACAGGCGUGAUAGUUUUACUUUUUACUGAAAUAAUUAAAAAUGUAACCUUUGGUCUCAGGGAAGAAGGACUUAAAUCAAUUUUUGACAUUUUUCGCCAAUUAAGCUCAAUUUAUAUUUUCCUGUAUGCAUUAUCAAUUUAUAAUAUAAGAACAAACAGCUCAUUUUAGAUUCUGAGUGGAGCAAAGAAGCUUAUGGUUUUAAAAAGAUGUUUAUUUUUUUUUCUGUGAACAACUUUUCUAGAGGCAAUUUUGCUCCAACUAUUAAUUAUAGCAAUUUUUCUAAAAGGAAAUUUCACUGGAGAGAUACUAUAAAGAAGUCGUUUUUCGAUUUUCUCCAGAGUUUUCUUCAGUAAAUGCGAAAAACUGGAAAAAAACAUGGAAAAACCGGAAAAAACGUAAGAAAACCGGGAAAAUCGAUACAACAUUAAAAACAUAGUAUUUAAAAAAAUUUAUAGAGAGUACUUAAUUAUUUUACUAUAACAUGGCAUAUGUAUUGUUGACAAAGUACAACUAUAAAUUAAACUCCGCUCAGAAUCGGUUUUUCAUUAGCAACGGGUUAUCAUUGCUUACAGAUAUGCAUUAAAUUCCCGCCUGUAUCCUACCUUCUCAUCUUUCCAUCUACACCAGUGACUGCACUCGUCCCCAUUAUCUUAGAGAAAACCUACUGAUGAUUGUAAAUAAAAUAGCAAAUAAAUGAGACCAUUAACCUCGCAAACUUAUUCCCUAUUCUAAAAUCAUUCGUCAUCUACUAUUAAAGUACACAUAUUAAGUAUUCAAGAAUUUCAACAAAUAUCAUAUUUUGUUACAUUUUUCCUAUACAGUUUUUUUUUAAUGAUUACUUAAAUAAAAUUACUAAUCAUGAACAUUUUAAAGAGAAUAUAUAUAUACAUAUAUAUAUAUAUAUAUAUAUUCAAUAAUAUAUAAUGUGUAUAUUAUAUUAUGAUAUAUACAAAAUAUCUAAGCCAUUUAAAUGCCUGUGAUUUGUUUAUUAAUUUGGAUCAUAUUGUAAUAAUAUUUUAUUUGAAAUACUUGAUGAAACUACAGUAGAAGCCACUUAUUAGGAACACUUUGGAACCGAGGUGAAACGUGUCAAGUAACCGAUUGUUUCUAAUAAAUUAUUGGUUUUAAUAUACGAUUGAUUUAAUAUAUGACAAGUCCGUCCCUAUAUAUUUUGUUUCAAUAACACGAUUGUAUCAAUUAUCCGUUUUCUUAAUAAGCGACUUCUACUGUACUUGUAAUUUGAUUUUGUAUUAUUAAUAUGUUUAUUCGUAAUUUAUAAUUUUUUAUUUGUAUUAAUAUAACACAGAUUUUGAAAAAAAUAAAACAUGAUUUUUUAUUAAGAGUUGUCACCGUAAUAUGGCACAACAAUUUUAGGUUAUCAUACAAUAAUAUUUAAAUCAUAUGCAUGAUAAACAGAUUUUUAUCAAUCAUAUUAUUUGAGAUUACCAUCCAGUGUGACCGGUUUUAGCCACUGACUGACCUUCACCAUCUCUUCCUUAUUAUAAUAUGACUAAUAUUGUAUUGAAUUAUUUCACAGUGUCAAAAAAAAAUAGCGGUAAUAAUCACUUAUUACCAGUGAUCGAUUUUUGUUUACCCAAUGACUUCGGGAGAACAGGUAAUAUGUGUAUUAUAUAUAUAUUAUAUCAAUAGUGUUUUGUUAAAAGGAUGUAUACCACUAAAUAUUGAAAAAUACUUUUUUGAUAUUAGAAAAAUUAGAAGCAUAAACUGGUAAAAGGGCGUAUUUAAAUACAGACGAUUAAAUUGAUAAUGUUGACUAAAAGAUAUCUAAUCGCCUUUUUAAAAUAUAAUUAAAUCAACACUGAUUUGAUAAGAGAACAUACCACAUUCAAUAUAUGUAUACUUGAUGUACAAGGUACGUGUAAUGUGUACGUGUAAUUUUAUUGUUUUCUAUGAAAAAUUUCAUUAAAAACUGUUUUGCUGUUUCUUUGCACAACAGUUUUUUUUUGCUUCGCGAAAAAAGUGUUUGAAUGGUAAAUGCCCUUUUGAAAAAACACCAUUGACAUAUAUAUAUAUAUAUAUAUAUACACAGACUAUAAUCAUACCCAUGGUAUAGUUUCAUGUACACAUAGAAAUUAUUAAUCAUUUGAUAAAUAACUCUUAUGUUUUAUACAUGCAGGUCAAUGCUUACUUAAGAACGUCUGCAAAAAAUUACACGGCGAGUCUUAUAGUGCGUGUGCAUAUGACAUUGGAAAAUGCUGUGUCUGUAAGUAUUUGGUAAAUAGAAACAUAGACGUUACUUUUUAACGUACUAUUUAACUGUAAUGAGAGGACGGGUGAUUUAGCAAAAACCGGAAACAUUUUUUUUGUUACGGACAAAGUCCAAUUAAUACCUAUUAGAAAUGGCAAAUACAUUUUCAUUGGUAGUAUCCAUCAACUGCUAAUUAUUAUUAAAUUGUUUCUUGAAUUAGUAUUGUGUUGAGCACACUACUACACAGUAUACAUACCCAAUAAAAUAUAAAAAUUAAAUUAUAAUCACAAAUAAAUUAUUGUAUAGUGAUGGUCAGAUAUCAUUCGAUUUCUGAUGAUAGAGCUACAUACCUCAUUAGUUUCCGAAAUGGAACGUAAGGGGGUGUCGAUAUUUAUAUACCUAAUCCUAUCCACUGUCGGAACAGUAGGUUGACUAUUCCUACUACACUAGUAUAUAUAAUAUUAGUUAUGCAAAUGUGUGUGUUUGAGCGUCAUAGAAAUAAGGAAGUGGUCAAAUUAGAAUAGACGCUGUCAUUUGAUGUCAUCAUAGUUUAAACUUUCAGUUUUUUGGUCACAUUUCCCUUAGAAUUUUUGUCGUCACACUCAUUGAAGGGUUUAUAAUCCAUAAUAAGCUGGCUGAGUCAUGAGACUUUGGUGACAGUGACUGAGAUAUGAAUGAAGAUCCUGGACGUUUAACUAGCUUUGGUGACGAUUCUAUAAUAUUACAAUUAGAUGUAAACAUACGUUUGUCUGAUAGUAAAAGUUUUUUGAGGUUAUUAUUAAAAAUUGGGUAGUAGUAAUUUUUAGCAAAGCAUUUGGACUAGAUUGCGACAGAGAUACAUUUCUUUUUACAUUUAGAGUAAACCAGUGCUUCUCAACUUGAGGGUCAUAACUUCCAAGGAGGUCGUGAACCUAUAGAUGUGGAUAUAUAGAUAUACAGAAUCCAGAUUUUUAUGCAAAAAUAUAUUUUCAAACAAACGUAAUAUUCGGUUUGAUAGGAGUAAAAAAUGUUUGAGUUUCAUAACCUGUAGUAUCUAUACAAAAAAGUUUUUUUCUGUAUGUGAGUGCAUAUUUUUAAUUUAGGAAAUAUUUCCGAAUAUUUUAGCAUAUUUUGGCUAUAUUGAAUUAUAUUACAGAAAUAUUGUCGAGUUUUUAGUUUAAUUUAGUUUAUUUUAAUUUUAGUCACCAAUUCAGUAAUUUCCUGUGAUAAAUUGUUGAAAAUUAAACAUAAACUCAUGAGCAACUAUACUUUUAUACUGACAUACCCACGAAGUCACUCAGGGACGUAUACAGAAGUGGGCGAUCACUCCACCCUUGGACAUUGUUGAAUUUGUUUCAUGUAUAGGUACAUACUUAUUUUAUUAUUAUUGAUCAAAAAUUAAAAAAAAAGUUUUUUGUGCGAAAAUGGUAUCAAAAUCUUCUUAAGAGAUUGAUAAAAGAUUAGAACUAUUGUAGCUAUCAUCAGCAUAUACAUUAUAUAUCUACUGUUAGUUAUAAUAAUUAUAUUGUGAUUAUCUAUAUAAUUAUUGUCUGCACUUUGCAACCGUGGUCUGUGUUAACUUAUUCUAUUUUUAGGAAAUGAGACCAUAGAACCGUGAUAACAUCAUAACAAAAAUGUAUAAGCUUUAAUGGAAAGAAAUGGUACGAGUACGGCAUUAUAGGUCUGCAGUACCUAGUUUUCGGCGUUUGUACUACCACUUCUCAUUAAUACUCAAUACUGAAAUUCGUAAUACAUUAAAUACAUGAAAUAAUGAAUGACUAUAUACAAUGGCUAAUAAUGGUGUUAAGAAAAAAAAGCUCCUGACCAAAAACCAGAUAAGAAAAAAAAGCCCUGAUGAAGCAAACAAAUAUUUAUUUAAUAUUUAGCCACUACAAAAACUACAAUCAGAUAUUCUUACAAUAACCGACAUGAAUAAAUUGACUACAAAUAUUAUACAAUUAUUAUUUAAAAAUCCUGAGUUCAAAUAUACAGCAUAACCUAUAUUUGAUACCUAUACCCACAAUAUAUUAUUUUAUACUAUUCUAUAUAGGGUUUUUCAAGCAAUAAAUUAGAAAAAUAAGAUAAAUAUAUAUAGAUUAUUAGAUUUACAACAAAAGUAGACAAUAAACAAUAAUAUACGUAAAUUGUGUUUUUGAAUAACUGUCUAAUUAUUUUUGCAAUUUUUAUUUUUUUCAAAUGUAUUAUAUUAAUUUACAAUGAGGCUUUUUACCAAGCUUUCUUUUGAAUAACUUUAUUAAGAUUUUUAUUAGUUUUUUUUUUAUCUGUGCGGAACUUUUCUACUAGAAAUCUUACUCCGAUCUUACCAUUUUUCCUACGUUUUUUCCGGUUUUUCAAAUUUGAUGAGAAAACUCUUGAGGAAAUCGAAAAAUGACUUCCUCAAAAUACCUCUCCACACAGAUUUUCGUCCAGAAAUGGUGGUACACACAAAAAUCGAAACUAGAAUUCUGGUAGAAAAUUAGCGCUCAAAUAAAAACAAAAAAAAAUACUGACUCGUGAUUUGACAUGUUUGAUCAGUGCACAGAUUUGAGUAGUUUUCCCUUUAUUCCAAUAACAACUUUCGGGAGUUUAACUCAUCAUGUGACUUCGGUGGGAGAUGCCAGUAAUGUUAUAUUAUGGUACCGCUAUUUGUAUGAUAGCCGUCAUUACGUUGUCAAACAUUUUCCGAACGUUUUUUCACGUGUAGCUGUAAAGUUUUACAUAAAUAAUAAUGAUUUUCUUCUGGACUUAUGGACUUUUUGUGCCUGUUAUAUGGUUUAGAAGUUAGGUCGUGUCUUAUGUAAUUUUUAAAUUUUGAUCGUAUAUAAUAUUAUUAUGGUUGUUUUAUAAUCGUAUAAUGGGGUUUUUCAUUGAAACACAUCUCAAAAGUUGCUGAAUAGAAUAAUUUUUUUUAUUAACACGUUUUCUAUAUCAUACAAUUUUAAUCUGAAUACUUAGCAAUAAAUAAUUUGGUUUAUUAUAAAUACCAUUAAUUCUGUCGAUGCAGAAAUAUAGUUUUAAAUUUUCAAAUUACUGUUGACUGAUAAUAGGCAAUCAUUCAAGUUCGACAAAUUAAGAAAACAUUUGGCAACUCAAUGCAUUUUUCAAAGUAAAAAUGCUUUUGAUUUAAUUAUCUACAGGUUUUAAUAAUUUUUACUUAAAUACUUGAAGUUUAGGGUCAGAAGAAGAAUUUUCAAGAAAUUCAAUUUAUUAACAACUUUGUUAAAAAAUGAUGUAUAUAUUUAAAAAAAAAUAUAAGAGUAUAUUUUAAGAGCAAAGGUAUUGCAAGGUUUUUAUGUUCGUAAGUGCUUGCAUAUUUAGUGCUUUAUUAGAGCUAAAAUCCCUUCACAGUACAUGUUUCCCUAUAUACUAUAAUUAAAUUAUUUUCUGUUGGCUUUAUAUUUAUUUUAUCGACAGCAAUAAAAUAUUACUAUUGUGGUAUGUCUGCAGUCACGGCUACUUGCAACGACGUUAUUACUAACAAUAACACAUACUUCGUCAAUCCAACAUUCCCGGGCGUGUUGAACAAUAAAAGCGAGUGCGAGUUACGGAUUAAUAUUCUUAAUUAUGUCAGACAUUUACGUUUAGACUUCGUCAAUUUUAAUCUGGUGAGUGGUAUUUAGUAUUAAAUAGAUAAAAUGAUCUAGCCAACAAUACCUAUCUAAUCACAAGAUUUUAUGUACGCUAAUUUCAGGCACAACCAAACAGAACGACGGGAGUUUGUGUGAUGGAUAAGUUCGUUAUAACUGGCGGUUCGUCAAGACAUUUAUUGAUUUGUGGUAAUAACACUGGUCAACACAGUAAGUGCUAAUGUGCAGAACUAUAUAAUAUAGUAUGCAAAGUCGAGCAAAUCGCUUUGUCAAUCUGGAAUAAAUUCUCCAUUAUUUUCCUUAUAAAAUUAUUUCAAGUAAAUAUUUUUCGUUGAUUCAUGAUUUUGCAUUACAUGACUUUGAACAACGUUACACUCGUUACUCGUUACACAACGAUUCUACACAAAAAUUGUUUUAACACGUUUAAAAAGGUGUCUAAGGAAUAUGGGGAUGAUGGGUGCAGCCACUGUUAUUGGUGAAAAGUUGGGAAGGUAGGAUUUAGGGGGGAAAUUAAUUUGUAUCUAUAACAGUGUUAGGAGAGUUUUUUUUAAAAAAGGAAUUCGUUCCCAUUCCUUGUUCCUUAGAAAAAGGAACUCGUUCCUUUUUUUUUUUUUAUGAAUACGUAUAUUAAAUAUUCAUAAAAAAAAAAGAUACCAGGGACGGGUGCAACUUAUGUUGUAGGUGAGAAAUUGGGAAGGUAGGAUAAUUAAAAUUAGAAACUAUUCUUACUUCUUAGAAUCUAUAUGUUUAAGAUCCUAAACAAAUAAAAAUAAAAUUAAUUUCCUAGUUCAUACCCAAAAAGUGAAAAAUGAAAAAAACAUAUUUACUUGAAAAAAAUUCAUCAUCAAUUUAUUCAAAAUAUAAUAUUUUAUUAACUAUACAAACAAACUAUUGACAAUUAAUGAUACCAAUUAUCAUAUGUAAAUUUGAUGUUUGUCGUUAUUAUAAGUUAUAUUAUUUGUUAAUACUUUAAACCAUUAUCACUAAGAUACCGUUUAUAUUACGGUUAUAUUUAAUUAAAUUAGUAACUGACGAAGUGAUACCAACAUUAAACAAUUUCUUAAUAAUAUUAUCACAAAAAUAACGUGCGUUUCAUUUUUUUUCCGUAAUAGAUGAAACAAAAAUCACGUUCCACAUAAUUAAGAACUCUUUCUCAUUCCUAGUUCCUAUGUUUUAAAAAUAACGCGUUUUAAGCUUCUUUCCUGUAAAAGAAACGCGUUCCAGAAACCCAACCACUGCUUACUGAAAAUGAUUUCGAGUUCAGUUGAUAGUGUAGUUGCUUUGUCAACAAUAUAUAUAUAUGUAUUAUAGUAUGGUAAAGUAAUUAAUUAGGUAUUAUAUAUUUUCUUUAAUAAUAUUUGUUAACUAUUGUACUGAUUUUCCCGUUUUUCCCGGGUUUUCCAUGUGUUUUCUCGGUUUUUCAUAUUUACUUGGAAAAUUCUAGGGAAAAUCAAAAAAUCACCUCUCUAAAGUACCUCCCCAGUCAAAUUUCCUUUUAGAAAAAUUGCUAUCAUUAUAAAUUGAAGCAAAAUUGCUAAAUUCGUAUAUAUUUUGUACAUUUUUCCAUUUUUCCUCAGUUUUUUUCGAUUAGGUUAGGUAAGGUUAGGUUAAAUAGUUUAAGUACAGAUAUAUAUUAAAUUACCUAUAACAGUGAUUGCGCCCGUUCCCAUUAUCCUAGGACGUCUUUUUUAUAUUGGGGUUUAAAAUUAUAUUUCCCAUACUUUGUUUUUUAUUAUUAUUAUUUAUUAAAAUUCAUUACAUAACAAAUAAAAAAAAAUACCUACCUUAUAUAUACAAUUUAUUUAUUUGUUCACUAAUAUUAAGUACAUUUAAUAAUUUUUAAUAUGAGUAUUAUACAGCCAGCUAUAUAAAUUUAAGUCUUGUAUAUUAUUUAAUAUUUUUUUAGUUUUUAUAUAAAUUUAAAGAUACCUGUGUUAAAAUUAUUGGUAUGAACCAUCUAAAAUUAUAACUAUAUAUAUUAAUGUAUAUUAAUAAUUAAAUUACUAGUUCAAAAUUUCAAAUUAUGAUUGUCAGUUAAAAAACGUAAAAUUAUUAUAAAAAAAAAAGAGCUUAUACUCUAAAUGUUUGCGGCCACUGUUGUAGGUGGGUAAUGAGGGAGGUUGGAUACAUAAAGUUAUUUAAUUUAUACCUGUUAUUAACGAUAAACCAUUGAUAACGAAAAAUGAUUCGGAGCGAAGUUCGGUUAUAAAUGUUUUGAAAGAUCAUAAUAUUUACUUUUUUCGUCAAAAUUUGAUUCUAAAAAUUAUGUAAAAAAAAAAAAAAAAAUACUACAUUAAACUUAAUUUUAUUUGUUGACCAUUAAAUAUGACUUAUAAUGAACCUCCUAUCAAAUUUCCAAGCAUUUAUGUUAAGUUGUAACAAUUUAUCUACAGAGUUCCUACCAAAUAAAAAUUACGUAAAAAACUCGCAAAAUUAAAGUGUCUAUAAAGAGCUUAAAUAUUCUGAUAGUUUUAAUACGUCUAGAAAAAGUAAAUAUAAGUUUUCUCUCAACAUUUCAAGUCUCUACGAGUAUUUUAACAACUUACUAUAUCAGUAGCAAAAUAAUAAUAAAACCAAAAUAAAUCUCAUGUUAUUUUUCGAUUGAAGUAAUAUUUCUGAUAGAAAACUUAAGUCUAACACAAUGAAAACGGUAACACCACGGUGUGCUGUAAAUAUUUGUCGUUUUACCUAUAAUUUUCUUUCGGUUUUUCCCAUUAUUUUGAAAAUCACUUGGAAAAUCAAAAAAAUAACCUUCUCAAUACACCAACUAGAGAAAAUUACCUUUCAGAAAAUGUAUUAUAGUCUAUACUUCGAAGCUAGUUUUUUGGAAACAUUAUUCACAGAUAGAAAAAAAAAAAUAUACACAUCAUAGUAAAACCAAUAGAUCCCCCACUACACUCCGAAUCUAAUAGAUACAAAAGUAUAAUUAUUUAUAAAUGUCACGUGUAUUAUUAUUGUUUAUUAAUAUCUAUUUCAUUAAUUAUUCAUUUCAUUAUUUCAAUUACCUAUAUUGAUUAAUUUUAACUAAGAUUUUUCAUCUGAUACAAUGCAAUUUCUAUAUUUUAAUAAUUUAUUAUUAUUAUAACUACAUUGCAAUAGUUGUAAAUAUUAUCUUAUGUAUUAUUCAUUUUUGUUUGGAACAUCGUUUGGGUAAGGGAAAUUUGAGAGGUUAUGAGUUAAAAAAAAAAAAAUGUAUUAUGUAGAAUUGUAUUUCACUUCUAUUUUCAAUAUUUGUAUAAAUAAAUAUUUUUGUUAAUACAAGUGUACUACGACGUCCAUAACACGAAAAACGUGACGAUAAAAAUUUCACUAGGCAGCGCCAAUUAUAGCCGGAUGUGGGAAAUCAAAGUAAAUAUAAAGAAAGACGCCGUUGUAGUGUCGCAGCAAUACAUUUUGAAAUUUGUAUUUUUUCUAUAUUAUAGAUCACUCAAGUUAAGUCUUUGCUUUGGGCGUCGGAAGAUUGCGUUCAGCAAUUUCAAGGCAUUAACGGGACUAUACAGACGAUGAAUUACGGGAUCAACGGUCGACACCUGGCUGACCAAAGUUACUUUAUUUGUAUAAAACAAGAAAAAAGUAAAGAUAGAAAAUAGAUAAUAUAAACAUUAUGUGUUUUUUUUUUAUUAUUAUUAUUGGUCGGUGGUUGUCAUAUUUUACAGAUAUGUGUUCGAUUGUAUACCAGCCGUGCAACAAAAUUUCGUUCAAAAUCGAAACUCCCUUGUUGUCCGCCGGUAAAUGUAAUAAGUUGACACAUUAUACGGCCUUAUGAUUUACAUUCGUUUUUUUCUUUUCAUCAUAGAUACUGAAUUAGAAGAAGGAUCCGGAGAAAGCGAUAAUUUGGCUUAUACCGACUCGUAUGCAAACUGCAAGGACCGUGUCUCGAUUAAUUGCAAAACCGAUGGUUUUUUAACAGUAUGUUGUUAA